CUCAUGAGUCUGUAACCGCAAAGUAUUUCUUCGGGUGCUGCGGCGUCACGGUCCCGUCUGCGGACCCCCAUCGUCUUCCAUCAUGGCCGUCGUUCUUACCUCGGACGAUAGUGGUUACUUUGCCGCCUCGUCCCUCAGGCGCUCCCACUCCUCCGCCAACUUCGUCUCCGCAUCCUCCGCAUUCUCUACAGCCUCCCACCUCAACGACUCCUACGGCACUCCUACCAAGACCUAUUCCGAUUCCACAUCCUCUUCAACCCCUUCCUCCCCACGCACCGUUCACGCUGAUUCCACCGACCUGUCUUGCGCCUCCACCCCGGCCACCAAUCUUUCCAUUGCCUCCGAAUACGACGACCACCUGGGUCUUGCAGAAUCUCCCGAAGACCACUUCAUGUUCCCUUCCUUUGCCCAGGAGAAGCUCUUUGUCCACCCCCAACUCCACCCGGACGACAACCUGGAGCCUCCUCCGAGUCCCCGGACUGGCGACUCUUACACUGUUUCGCCUGCUGACCACGGGAGCUCCGACGACGGUUCCAACAACACCUCAAGACCUGGCACCCCCGAGUUUGGCGACCACGCAGAAGAUGACACUGCUGUUUCGACUAGGCCGUCGCGCCAGGUCGACUAUCUGUCCCAUGAAUGGCGGGAAGAAGAUAUUUGGUCCUCUUGGAGGUACAUUGUGACCCGGCGCGGAGAGUUUGCCAACAGUGCCCGAUUGGAGAACGCUUCCUGGAGAACGUGGAUGAAAGCCAAGAACAAUCUCAAGACAAUUUCACCCGAAUCCCUCAAUUGGCUCAAGGACUGUGAUGUGACUUGGCUCUAUGGCCCCCUCCAGUCAGGCAACAAGCCUAUCCAUGAUACCCAGACCGAACCAUCAAGUCUGUCACUAUCUAAGGCUGACUCGCUCAUCAACCUUCAUAAGAAACCCAUCCUCAAGAAGAGGAGCAUGUCGGAAGUCAUGCUUCAGAGAUCAUUGUCUACUGCCUCACUACUAAAGCAAGCGACGGCAGCAGUCCAAGCCCAGGAAACUAGGGGAAUCUUGAGGCCCCGUAUGGGACGCGCGGCUACGGAUUACUUUGCGUAUCCCUUCUCAUCAAGAAGAAUGAGUGGGGAGAGCAGCAGUCUGGCUCCCUCGGCGGAGUCCUCCGGGAUCACCUCACCAAGCACUGAGCGGAAACACAUUCACUUCAACGAGCAAGUCGAACAAUGCAUCGCCGUUGAUGUUAAGGGCGACGACGAUGAAGAUGAUGUUGCCGUGGAGUCUGACCCAUUCGGCGAUGACAGUGACUCGGAUGAUGGAGUUAUGAUGAAGCGCAUGACGAGCAAGAAGCGGCCUGUCAUCAGAAAGAGAGCAUGCAAGACCAAGACUGCCGAAGGCAAGACGAUCGCCAAGCUCCCAUCAACUACCCUCAAGUACCGAGAGGACACACCUGAGCCAAAGGAAACGGCCAUGAAGCACUCACGAAGCCCCCUCAUGUCCCCAUCCUCGUCGCAGGAGACACUCCGACCCUCAAAGCAUUCCGGCAAGUUCUUCUUUGGCGAAGAGGACGACGACGAGGGCCUGGACGACGCAUUGUUGAGCCCCCGAUCUGGCUGGGCAUCGCCACCUGCGGAUGGUUCCAAUGGCGGACUCCAGCGAUCCGUCUCUUCCACUAGUCUGUGUGACGACCCUGCUGGCAUGCGACGCACAGCCUCGGGGAUGCUCAUGCCAUACGAGGAGGGUGACCCAGCAAAUGGCGAGGGCAUCUUUGGCCGAGUAAUUGACACAGUGAACACAGCCCGCGACAUUGCCCAUGUCAUCUGGAAUGUGGGCUGGAGGAAGUAAUAGGGUGGCCUCCAAGCCAUCCAUUACGGCGGCCGAGGAACCUAACUCUAAUAUCUAAUGGCUUAGCAUGUGUCGGCAAUUUCACCUACUAGGGUCAUCUCACACGAC